GAACCGACCGGUAUCAUUUACCCGUUUUGCCACUUGUAAGUGGUAACCCUAGGCUCCCGUAUAUAUACCAGCAGGAUGACACUGGAGUAGACUCUUGGCGACGGCGACCCGCUCUCUCGGCUGCGCUUCCUUCUCUUCUCAAUGGAGAUGGCGGCUGUGGCGGUUGGUAGUGCGCUGGAUCCAAAUGAGUCUCAAGUGAAGCUCUUCAAUCGAUGGUCUUUCGAUGAUGUUCAGGUCAGUGACCUUUCCUUGGUUGAUUACAUUGCGGUGGUUCCAGCCAAACAUGCUACUUAUGUCCCUCAUACAGCUGGAAGGUAUUCGGUCAAGCGAUUUAGGAAAGCCCAAUGCCCAAUAGUGGAGAGACUUACAAACUCUUUGAUGAUGCAUGGUCGGAACAAUGGGAAAAAGCUGAUGGCUGUUCGGAUUGUUAAGCAUGCUAUGGAAAUUAUCCAUUUAUUAACUGAACAGAAUCCCAUUCAAACUAUUGUUGAUGCUGUGGUCAACAGUGGACCAAGGGAAGACGCCACUCGGAUUGGCUCAGCCGGUGUUGUUAGGCGUCAAGCUGUUGAUAUUUCUCCUCUGCGUCGUGUUAAUCAGGCAAUAUAUCUCCUGACUACCGGUGCUCGGGAGUCUGCUUUCAGGAACAUAAAAACCAUAGCUGAAUGUUUAGCAGAUGAACUCAUUAAUGCUGCUAAGGGAUCAUCAAACAGCUACGCAAUCAAGAAAAAAGACGAGAUUGAGCGAGUUGCCAAGGCCAACCGCUGAGUUCGUUGCAGAUCAAUAGCUGCACUUGAGAUCAAGAAAGAUGGAUCAUUGUGCUAUCUUGCCCGUCUUGAUGUUAGUUUUAGAUUCUUUCCAUUCGACAAGUUGUGUGAGUUGGUAUUGAAAGACCCUUGCUGUGAAUGGUCUGAUGGUUGUUCUUCUUAUUUAUGGUUUUCCCUUGUGGGAUUUUAGAGUUUGAGCAGAUAUUGUUGAACGUUAAUGAUGAUCUUAAGCACCAUCUUAUUGUUUCAAUGCUUUAAA